GGGAACAGAGGGAUGUGGAGUCCCUGAAGAUGCUUUUGGACAAUGGUCUGAGGUUGGCAUGAGCCAUGACAUCAGAGAUUCCGACCUUCCUGAUUGGAGGGACCGGACUCCGUGGUGCCUGGAGCAGUGUCCAGAAGAAGGCCAUGGACAGAACGGAGACUAGGUUCCAUAAGAGGGGACAGAUUACGGGAAAGAUCACGACCAGCCGUCAACCGCACCCCCAGAAUGAGCAGAGUCCCCAGCGGAGGACCUCGGGGUACCCCCUCCAGGAGGUGGUGGAUGAUGAAGCGUUGGGACCAUCAGCCCCUGGGGUAGAUCCCAGCCCCCCAUGUAGGUCCCUUGGCUGGAAAAGGAAGAGGGAGUGGUCAGAUGAAUCUGCGGAGGAGCCGGAGAAGGAGCUCGCCCCUGAGCCUGAGGAGACCUGGGUAGUGGAGAUGCCGUGUGGGCUCACGAUGAAGCUGAAGCAACAGCGAGUGUCACCCAUCCUCCCUGAGCACCACAAGGACUUCAACAGUCAGCUUGCCCCUGGGGUAGAUCCCAGCCCCCCGCAUAGGUCCUUUUGCUGGAAAAGGAAGAUGGAGUGGUGGGACAAAUCUGAGGAGUCGGAGGAGGAGCUACGGAAGGUGCUCGCCCCUGAGCCUGAGGAGAUCUGGGUGGCGGAGAUGCUGUGUGGCCUCAAGAUGAAGCUGAAGCGACGGCGAGUGUCGCUCGUGCUCCCUGAGCACCAUGAGGCCUUCAACAGGCUGCUUGAGGAUCCUGUCAUUAAAAGAUUCCUGGCCUGGGACAAAGAUCUGAGGGUGUCGGACAAGUAUCUCCUGGCUAUGGUCAUAGCGUAUUUCAGCCGGGCCGGCUUCCCCUCCUGGCUAUACCAACGCAUUCAUUUCUUCCUGGCUCUCUACCUGGCCAAUGACAUGGAGGAGGACGACGAGGACUCCAAACAAAACAUCUUCCACUUCCUGUAUGGGAAGAACCGCUCUCGCAUACCCUUGCUCCGUAAGCGUUGGUUCCAGUUAGGCCGUUCCAUGAACCCGAGGGCCAGGAAGAACCGCUCUCGCAUACCCUUGCUCCGUAAGCGUCGGUUCCAGUUACGCCGUUGCAUGAACCCGAGGGCCAGGAAGAACCGCUCUCAGAUAGUCCUGUUCCAGAAACGUCGGUUCCACUUCUUCUGUUCCAUGAGUGGCAGGGCUUGGGUUUCCCCGGAGGAGUUGGAGGAGAUCCAGGCUUAUGACCCAGAGCACUGGGUAUGGGCGCGAGAUCGCGCUCGCCUUGCCUAGAGCUCCAGGGACCGUGGAGGCCUGAGGUCAUCGGCCUGAGAGAAGAACACCGGACCCAGGGGAGAUGUGGAUUUUCAGCAGGAACUUUAUUCCAAUGCUAAUGGCAGACACCAGGAAGGAGGAGAGGAACCAUUUGUGCACAUCAUCUAGAAGAACCUGGACCAUUCUUGAUGGAGCUGAAUACAGUGAUCACGUUGUCCUCCUAGGAGCAGGGGUGGGGGGAGGGGGGUGGGGUCCUUCUAGGAGUCCUUGGAGAAAAGUAAGAAACCAGGAGUGUUUCCAGUUCCACCCUUUCCUGCGGCACCACCACCCUUUUUAUAUUGCUGAAUUCCAACCUCCCUGGGGCGGAACGUGGAGGUCCUGUUUCUUACGGACUUGGUUGCCACAGUCCAGGAGCAUUUGAAGGCACAAUGCAGGGGCUCAGAUUGGCACAGAAUUCUUUUGUGAAAUAUCAGUGCCACAGAUUGUAACAGAUAGCUUCAUGCACACUCUGCAUUUUAUUGGUUUGUUUGGAAAAUGUUGGCCAUUGAAUUAUUCAUAGAUUUAUUUCAAAUAGUUUGGAAAUUGUUGUACUUUUGAAAACAUGCUGUUCCUGUAGUUUUUUGAUGAGAGUUAUAGUUGUUAUAUAUACAUAAAGAUAAUUUUCAUUUUUAAGAGACGAUUCUUUUUAUCCUAAAUAUUUUAUUAUCUUUAAAUUUGUUUCUGUAUUAUUAUAUGUGCUCCUGAAGCGAGCACUCUUUUUAUCUAUGAUACUUCCACAAUAAUCUCUUCUAUUUAUAGCUAUUGGUAGUUCCCCACCAGAAAAAAACAUAAUUCUGGUGAUAGAAAUUUUUAUUUGCUGUUUUGGUUUGUGACUGAAUUGUGAGAAUUCAGUUGUGAUUUUUAACAUGUCUCAGAUAUAUAUAAUAACACGUCUAAUAUAUACCAUCUAUUUUAUUGGUUUAUUUUGAAAAA